UCGGAGCACCCCUAGACAGAACGAUCUUCAAACUGUUCACACGGAGUGAAGAAAAGUAGUCUCAUGUCAGAAAAACUAACAAAAAAAAGAAGCCAUUUUAGAUGACAUCUCAAAUAACCCUUUUUUGUACUGAAGAAUUAUUACAAGUGCUUUAAAAUCUACAAUCUUUCUGCUUUUGCUUGUCAACACUUCAGCGUGGGUGCUUGCAUUGUAUUUGGACUCAUGUAAAAAUGUUUUGUUUUCAUGAGAGUUGGGAUUGAUUUUCUGUGGAAACGGAGCCACAGAGUUUUAACUAUUGAUUAUUGAAUAUUAACUGAACAAGCCUUAUGAGUCUAAGCUCCCGAGUGGUUUGCGAAAGGUCAAAUGUAUUUGUAGUUCAGUCUGGUCUAGUGUAUGCGAGUUCAAUGGAGGCGUUUGUGGUUUGAUCCCACUCUUCUUCCACCCCUGCAGCUUUCACAUGCUGGGAUAGUUCAACUCUGUCGACUCUGGAGUCAGUAUUGACCCCACACACUGUUUGAUGAAAUAUCACAUUCAUAGAGCCAAUAAAGGCUUACUAUAAAGUUCUGACAUUAAAGAAUCUGUCUGUAUCCUGCUGUGUUCUUUCUAUCCAUCUACUGUUGUUUGUUUCUCUUCUGUCUAUCCUGGUAGCAGAAGCAGGUAAGAGCAGCAGCUUGCUAUCUGCGCUUACAGUCCUUCAGUGAUGCAGGAAGUGCGGUUUGAGCUGUCAGUCAAACGACAGGAAGUACUCGGCAGUCAUGCAGAAACACGUUUACAGAGCAAGAGAGUUUUUAAGCCGUGUUUUGAGAAACUUAAGUUUGUGUUUUUUUUAUAGUUUUUUUCCCUCUUUAUUUACUCUAAUUGCUUAUACAUUGAAUAUUAGUAUAUGCUUUUUAAAUUCCAUCUAAAAUCGUCUUCUGUUUAUCACUUACAAUUCUUACAUCAUGAUAUGACAGAACAGCUGAAAACUUGAGACUCCAGGGGUUAACACCCCUCCAACCAUCUAGUAAUGUUGAUUACCAAAACUCUACUGUUCCAGGUUUUCAUCCCAGCAUCAUUUCUUCUAAAAGAGUAGCUAUAAGAGAGGACAGACCUGGUGGACAAAAGACAAAGUUAAAAACUUAUUUAAAGAGUAUCACUUUGAAUGCCACAGACUGAAGGACACCACGGUUGACCCAUCUGAGUUUCGAAACCCAUUUAUCAGUCAUCACAAAUAUGAAAAACAUCAAAUAGCAUUACAUCACUGUACAGACCCUUACAGUGGAAUUAAACCACUGUGCUUUCAAGAGAACUAUAUCCGAGGCUAUUGCCGUCGGAUCUGAGAGUUUACAGUCAUGUCUCCGUUCCUGAGGAUUGGUUUUUCGAGUUUUGUGAUGGACCCAGGGCUUGCCUACCAUGAAGAAGUACUCAAUCCAUACUGCGCUGUCUACAUGAAAGAAGCAGUGGAGACUGAAAAGGGUCAGGUGUACAAACAGAAGCGGCCCACCAUGUAUCCCCCCUGGAGCAGCACAUUUGAUGCUCACGUCCACAGAGGACGAGUAAUGCAUGUGGUGGUCAAGGACAAGACGGCUGAGCUAAAGGCAGAGGCUACUGUUCAACUCGACACCCUCGCGUCACGUUGUAAGAAAGAGAACGGCAAACUGGAGAUCUGGGUUGAACUGAAGCCACAGGGUCGCUUAUUGAUGGAAGCGCACUAUUUUUUGGAGAGGAGUGAUGCUGCAGGUCACGGCGAAGGAGGUGGAGAGACCGAACGGGAAAAAGAAGGGGUGUUCGCACUGCAUCACAGACGGGGAGCCAUCAAACAGGCUAAAGUUCAUGUGGUCAAAUGUCACGAGUUUACUGCCACAUUUUUCCCUCAGCCGACCUUCUGUUCAGUCUGCAAGGAGUUCGUCUGGGGCCUGAAUAAACAGGGAUAUCAGUGUCGGCAAUGCAAUGCUGCCAUUCAUAAAAAGUGUAUUGACAAAGUCAUCGCCAAAUGCACAGGGUCAGCAAUAAACAGUAAAGAAACCAUGAUCCAUAAGGAACGUUUUAAGAUUGACAUGCCUCACAGGUUUAAAGUGUAUAACUACAUGAGCCCGACAUUCUGUGAGCACUGUGGAACCUUGUUGUGGGGUCUUGCUCGGCAGGGCCUUAAAUGUGAAGAGUGUGGCAUGAAUGUUCACCAUAAAUGUCAGAAGAAGGUAGCAAACCUUUGUGGGGUCAACCAGAAGUUAAUGGCAGAGGCCCUGGCUAUGAUUGAGAGCACUCAACAGCAGUCUCGCAGCUCGCGGGAUAGUGAGGUUGUUGGUCGAGAGGGUCCAGUGGGUGUAAAUCAGUCAGGGGUCACUAGAGAGCCUUCAGAUCACUUACCAAUUUCACCCCUCGCGCCUGCACCCCCUCUACCACGCAAAGAGCAUCAAGGUAUUUCAUGGGACACUCCGGCUGAGGGCCGCAGGCCAAGUCUUGAACAGCCUGAGUCAGUGUACUCCACCCCACGCAAAGAGCUUCACAAAUUCAACCUAGAUAAUUUCACUCUGCAUAAGAUGCUGGGCAAGGGAAGCUUUGGAAAGGUAUUCCUGGCUGAGCUGAAAGGCUCAGGGCAGUUUUUUGCAGUAAAGGCAUUGAAGAAGGAUGUAGUUCUGAUGGAUGAUGAUGUUGAAUGCACUAUGGUGGAGAGGAGGGUGCUGUCUCUGGCCUGGGAACACCCCUUCCUCACACACCUCUACUGUACCUUCCAGACCAAGGAGAAUCUCUUCUUCGUGAUGGAGUACUUAAACGGGGGCGACUUAAUGUUCCACAUCCAGACCUGCCACAGAUUUGACCUUCCGCGGUCCACGUUCUAUGCAGCUGAGAUCGUUUGUGGGCUGCAGUUUCUACAUUCUAAAGGCAUUGUGUACAGAGAUCUUAAGCUGGAUAACAUCUUGCUAGACAUCGACGGUCACAUCAAGAUCGCAGAUUUUGGCAUGUGUAAAGAGAACAUGUUUGGAGAAGCUAGAACGUGCACUUUCUGUGGAACCCCAGACUACAUCGCUCCUGAGAUUCUGCUUGGGCAGAAAUAUGGGACUUCUGUAGACUGGUGGUCAUUUGGUGUCCUUCUCUAUGAGAUGAUGAUUGGCCAGUCCCCAUUUCAUGGCCAGGACGAGGAAGAGUUGUUUCAGUCGAUUCGCACAGAUGACCCGUGUUACCCACGCUGGUUAAGUAGAGACGCGAACGAUAUUCUUGUAAAGCUAUUUGUCCGGGAACCAGAGCGAAGGCUGGGUGUGAAAGGUAAUAUAAGGCAGCAUGCAUUCUUCAGAGACAUAGACUGGAACGCUCUUGAGAAACGGCAGGUGGAGCCGCCCUUCAGGCCAACUGUGAAAUCAGCAGGUGACUGUAGCAACUUCGAUAAGGAGUUCAUAAACGAGAAGCCACGACUUACCGUCACAGACCGUAUCAUCAUCAACAGCGUGGACCAGACCAUGUUCAACAACUUCUCCUUCAUCAACCCCGCCAUGGCCAAUCUCAAGAGCCCCUGACUCACACACAAACAAGACAUUUGUGCAAAUACUGUAAUACGGUACAAAACGAAUAGGCAAACACUCACCUGAACAUCAUGUCAGUAUCAAGUCAACCUCAUUUAAUGCUACGGUCAGUAAAAGACACAGUAGUGUCAAAUUAUAUCAUAUAAGUUGCAUAUUGUUAUCAUUAUAUUAUUUGGUGCCUCCUUGCUGCAACAAACACACAGAAAAGCAUUUGAACGAGCAAAAGAAGAAUGUGUUGGCUCAUUUGCUCCGUCACUGAAAAUAGUUCCAAACAAACUUGAAACAGGUGUCAAACACAAGUGGUUUUUCAAUCCUGACCCAAAUGAAUCAUUUUUGAAUGUUUUGAAGUUAAUGAGGCAAGAUUUGUCGCCUCCUACUGGUUCAGUGAUAUAACCCUACAGAAAAAUAUGCUAAGAAAUGUGGAAUUGAAAUCCUUUUACUUCGAAUGAACAAAUGAGCGAAAUGAAAAUGUCUGAAGUAUCCGCAGUGUGUUAACAAUGGAAACAGAGCAAUGUAGAGAUUAUUAAAUGUGAGAACUGAAUAAUUUUAAAUAGACUAUUAUUAUUAACCGAUUAAAAAUGAUUUUGCAGGCCAGUUUAGGGGAGAUAUACAUGUAUUUGACAUUGGCGAGGAAUUUGAUAUUUGAAUUUCAGCUUAAUGUACAAUGUACGUUUUGUAUUUUAUUUGUUUGAAAAGAGUUGUGAUAUCAAGAUACUUGUGUUUGCUUGUGCAUCAUGAAAGAUUAAUUCAUUUUGUUUUAUUAGUAGGAAUAUGCUUUGGUGUCCAAAUCUUUAAUCAUGUUUUAUUGAUUUAUUAUGUGUUCCGCACAAUGACUUCUAAAGGCCUUGUAUAGAGGUGUGUAUAGUGGCAAAAUAUAAGUUACUGCUCAGUAUGGUUCAGUUAUGUUCUUGGGUUGUACAAAGUUAUAAAUUAAUUCUUGGAAAUUAAUGUGAAGUGUUAGAACUCUCACCCUCUCUCUCUCUCUCUCUCUCUCUCUCUAAAUAUAUAUA